AUGGCCACCUCGCUCGACGCCCCCACUCACCAGACUUCGUCCAUCAUGACAACCCUUUCUCCCUCGUCCCCGAUCGAGUUGCGCCAUAUCACCUCCAACACCCACCUCGCCAGCCCCACCCGCGAGCGUAGGCUCUCCAAGCGAGCCUCACAACACCUCCGGACACACCGCAUGGGCUCACGCUCGCCAUCGUCAAUACCGUCGUCACCCACAUCAGUCCACUCCUCCUCUUCUGCCAUCUUUGAGCGCGAUAUUGAGCCCAUCACACCAGCAUCAGCAUCGCUUUCCAUCUCAUCUGACCCGCAUCGCAUUCCGAGGGGCAAGAUCUCCGAGCAGCUUGAGCACUCCGUUCCGUCCGUACUCGACAGUGCAGCAGCAAUCCUCGCCGGUGCAGAGUCGCACGACGAUGACUUUGACUCAAUCUCUAUCGUUUCCCCCGCUACGCUCGAUGCGGGCUAUCGCAGUGGCUUCACGAGUCCCAUGUCCCGCCUGAGCAGCCGUAGCCCCUCCCCGACCGCCAUGGGCAACAGGAAGAGCCUCCUGUUCGCCACAAGCCCCCUACAGAAUACAAGCCCUCUCCAGAGCUCUCCUCCGAUUCGCCCGACGAUCCAGACAAGUAGCCCACCUCCCGUGGCUGUGCCUCUCUCAGCCACGCCGGCGACGCCAACGUCGGCUUAUUAUUCUGUACCUUCGACAGAGGCGGGCUCGGAGGCGUCUUCUCCGACUACGGCGACGCACCAUGAGCACCCGAUGCACAAUCUGCCUCCGCAAGCAGCCAUCAUGAUCCCGACGACAGUGAUCUCACACCCGCCCUCUCCGAAGAACGCGACCAAGCGCCUCUCAUUUCUCUCGUACAUGGACCUUCUCACGUCGGCACCCGCGUCAACAUUGCCACUAUCUAGCUUUACGUCGUCGGCGGUCGUCUCUGAGCCGCCCCCACACCUUCAAAGUGUGAUCGGCCUCCCGCAAGCGCACUAUGCCGCGAGCUCCAGCGCGGGUAGCAUCCAUGGCGCUGCGGGCACGGUGCUUGAGCGUGAGAUCGCGUCGGGGAUGCUGGACGAUGUCGGGGGCGAGUGGGAGCGCGAGGGACUCGGGCGUGGACUCGAGGAACGCCUCGAAGCGCUCAAUGCCCUGCCUGUCGGGCCUGGGAAGGCCUGA